GUUUGGGUUGCACCACCCAUGGGCUGGAUAUUCCUGCUACGAAGGUGUUCAACAGCUUGUCAUCCAACGUGACGGCAGCUGGCUUUGCUCAACACACAUCACUACAACACUAAGCCCCUCAUUCUAGCUUUGUAUGCUGCCAAGUCAUCAUCGCAAUGGAGUCACUAGCGGAUACGCCGUGGGAUGUAACAAUCUCUGGCACUGGGCUGGCCCAGUCUCUCCUAGCACUGUGAGUUCUAUUCAAUGAAGGUGCUUGUCAACUGCAUCGCUGACUGCUGGGUGCUUGACAGGGCCCUGUCUCGGUCGGGUAAGAACGUCCUGCACGUUGAUAGGAAUCCCUACUACGGGGGCGCCGAAGCUGCAUUCAGCCUUCAGGAAGCCGAGGAGUGGGUCAAUAGAGUCAACCGUGAGACUGGUGAUCACCCCUUCGAAGAUGCUAGCGUACGCCUAGGAGAUGGAGGAUCUCCUGAGGCCGGUAAACAAUUGUCCGCUUCUCGAGCAUACACUCUCUCGCUGUCUCCGCAGCUUAUCUAUGCCCGCUCGCAGUUGCUUCCGACCUUGGUUACGUCCAAGGUUCACCGACAGCUUGAGUUUCAAGCCGUCGGCAGCUGGUGGAUCCACAGACCUGGGGAUAGCGGUGACAAGCGAUUGUAUCGCGUCCCUGGCAGUCGCGAGGACAUAUUUGCGGAUGACAUGAUCAGCAUGAAGUCCAAACGAACCCUGAUGAGGUUCAUUCGUCAUAUCGGGCCGUCUCAACUGGGCUCUGAUGAAGCUGAGGGAGAAGGCUCGUCGCUGGAAGAGGACGUUGGUGAUGCAUCCUUGACGGAGUACUUGACAUCCAAAUUCAAGGUGCCGGACGAGCUGCAUGCACCGUUGCUUUCCCUCUGUCUAUCGCAAGCCUCUCCCCAGCAGACGUCGGCUCAAUUUGCCGUGACUCGCAUCAAGAGGCAUUUGGCCUCUUUGGGUGUCUAUGGCUCUGGCUUUGGAAGCCUCGCUGUCAAGUGGGGGGGUGGCUCCGAGAUCUCUCAGGUCGGGUGCCGCGCCCUUGCCGUGGGUGGCGGCGUUUAUGUUCUGAACACUGGCAUUCAAUCACUGGAAUUUCCUGCGGAGGAUACCACGAGUGAAGAUUCUCGCAUUCAACUGCUGCUAUCAAAUGACGAGGUCAUUAAGACCAAGUUUGUUGUCGGCUCCAACUGGGAUUUCCCUGAAGCAGCUCGCUUGUCUUGUGAUUGUGACAGAGUAGCCCGGUCCAUCUCGGUCGUUUCAUCUUCCCUCGAGAGCCUCUUUCCGGCCACGGCGGAGGGCGGACCAGUGCCUGUUGGGGCGGUUGUCGCUUUCCCUGGUGCUUCUCUUGGGCGGGCUGAUGAUUCGCCUCCGGUCUAUAUUCUAGUUCACUCUAGCGAGACGGGCGAGUGCCCAACAGGACAAUGUGUCCUUUAUGGUAGUAUUAACAUGCCCGGGUCCGAUGGCCAGGCCUUGAUCGAUCGUGCUGUACAGCAGCUUCUCGAAUCGGCUGGCGGUCCCAACGCGCAAGUUCUUUGGUCGCUCUGUUAUACUCAGUUGGGACGAGCCGAGACUUGCUCCGCUCGGCCUGCCAAGGCCGCUGAGCGUAUCAUUCGCCUUCCACCCCCAAGCCUUGACCUGGCUUUCGAUGAUGCUUUGAUUGACACGGUCAAGGAUGCCUGGCAGGCUAUCAUGGGUGAUGAGGCCACCGACCACGAAUUCAUGACAUUCGAGGAUCGUGAGGGUGCCUACGAGGAAUAAUGUAGCUGUAAAUACUUUCUGUAUUACUACAGUGACGAUUUGACGAAUACACUUAAUGAUCAUAGAGCUUCUGCCAAUAGACCUGAUAAUCC